UCCCGAUUGGGUAUGUAAGAUUUUAUUUUUGCACUUAAUUAUCGGAUACUAAUAAAGUUGUACUACUACUUUAUUAUUAUUAUAUUCUAUGUUAUUCUCGCAGCAUACACAAAUAGUAUGAGUUGCCUCGAUAUUAACAUUUUGUCUUCGAAGCCCUGAAAGCACAAACGACGCAGCUGCUGUACUGUGUCGAGCUUCAACUGUAAACAACAGGUGUAAACAACAGUGAGAGAGAAUGGGUUCUGGUUCUGGGAGUUCUGUGAGUGAGUUUUCAUUGGGUGGUGAAGAGAAUGAGGAGUGUAGGGCUCUUUCUUUACAGCUUGAUUGUGAUGGUGUGAGUAGUGGGGGUUGGGAGGCUAAGAGAAAGAGGACUUUUGAUCAGAUUUUUGGGUGUGAUGAUGAUGAGGAGGAGGGUUUAAGGGUUAAAAGGGGGAGGCCUAAGGGUUCCAAGAACAAGAAGAAGAGAAAGGUGGUUUCUUUUCGGGGAGAGGGUGGUUUGGAUCAGGGGAAGAUGAGGGGGAGGAGAGGGAGGCCUAAGGGUUCGAAGAAUAAGAAGAGAAAGAUUGUGGCAGGUGAUGUGAGCGACAAGAAAGUGAUUGGCUUUAAAGGGGAGAGGGCUAUUUUUGAUGAUCAUGUUUCGGGAUGUGAUGAAGUGGAGGCUGAGGUUAUUGGGCCGGUAAGGGGUAGGAGAGGGAGGCCAAAGGGUUCUAAGAACAAGAAGAAGAAGAUUGUGGCAGGUGAUGUGAGCAACGGGAAACUGAUUGCUUUGGCAGGUGCGGCAGACAUUUUGGCAGAUCAUGUUUCUGGAUGUGAUGAAGAGGAGGCUGAGAUUGUUAGGCAGAAUAGGGGUAGGAGAGGGAGACUUAAGGGUUCUAAGAAUAAAAAGAAAAUUGUUGUUCUAGGUAGGGGUCGUGUGGGUCGACCAAAGGGUUCUAAGAAUAAGAAGAAAAAGAUUGUGGCAGGUGAUGUGAGCAACAAGAAACUGAUUGUGUUGGAAGGAGAGAUAGACAAUAUGGCUGAUCAUGUUUCUGGAUGUGAUGAAGAGGAGGCUGGGAUUAUUGGGCAGAAAAGGAUUGUGACAGGUGAUGUGACCAACAAGAAACUGAUUGCGUUGGAAGGAGAGAUAAACAAUUUGGCUGACCAUGUUUCUGGAUGUGAUGAAGAGGAGGCUGGGAUUAUUGGGCAGAAAAAGAUUGUGACAGGUGAUGUGAGCAACAAGAAACUGAUUGCGUUGGAAGGAGAGAUAAACAAUUUGGCUGAUCAUGUUUCUGGAUGUGAUGAAGAGGAGGCUGAGAUUAUUGGGCAGAAAAAGAGUAGGAGAGGGAGACUUAAGGGUUCUAAAAAUAAAAGGAAAACUGUUGUUCUAGGUACUGGUCGUCGGGGUCGACCAAAGGGUUCUAAGAACAAGAAGAAUAAGAUGGUGGCAGGUGAUGUGAGCAACAGGAAACUGAUUGCUUUGGAAGGCGGGGCAGACAUUUUGGCAGAUCAUGUUUUUGGAUGUGAUGAAGAGGGAGUUGAGAUGAUUGGGCAGAGAAGGGGUAGGAGAGGGAGACUUAAGGGUUCUAAGAACAAUAAGAAAAUUGUUGUUCUAGGUACAGGUCGUCGGGGUCGACCAAAGGGUUCUAAGAAUAAGAAGAAAAAAAUUGUGGCAGGUGAUGUGAGCAACAAGAAACUGAUUGCAUUGGAAGGAGAGAGAGACAAUUUGGCUGAUCAAAUUUCUGGAUGUGUUGAAGAGGAGGCUGAGAUUAUUGGGCAGAAAAAGAGUAGGAGAGGGAGACUUAAGGGUUCUAAGAAUAAAAAGAAAACUGUUGUUCUAGGCAUUGGUCGUCGGGGUCGACCAAAGGGUUCUAAGAAUAAAAAGAAAACUGUUGUUCUAGGUAUGGGUCGUCGGAGUCAACCAAAAGGUUUGAGGAAUAUAAAGAAAAUAAAUGGAGCAGGUGAUGCAAGUAGUGAUUGUAUAAUUGUUUGGGAAAGCAACAGUGAAAUAUUGGAGAGAGUAGCUGGUGAAGGAACUGAUAAAACCUUUUCCCGUCGCGGCCGACCAAAGGGCUCAAAAAAUAAGAAAAAGAAGAAGAUUAGAGCUGAAAAGAAGAUUGAAGAUCACAAUGGGGAAAUUCUUGAAGUUAAGAAGAUAAUGGAAAUUCCAGGUCCAAACAAUAUUAAAAUAGAUGGGCUCAAGAACAAAGAUCAAGAUUGUAGCCCUGAAGUCUUAAAGAAUAACAACGGAACGUUUGCUUCAUCGAAAAGGAUACGUGGAGAUAGCAUGAUGUUUCAUAAAUGCCAGUCAAGCCAAGUAAAGGGUCACGAGAAAAAUCAUCUUUAUGUUACUGAAACUUGUUCGGACAAUAAGGAGUUGAUUACAGACAAGGAUGCUGGUGAAGUGUUAUCCGAUUCCAGUACUCUUCAAAGGCAUCAAGGGAGACCAAGGAAGUGCUCUGAGGAAGUCAACAAAUCCAAUUGCGUUGGUGACAAAAAAGAUGAUGGAUACACAUAUGCUGAAAUAUCGGACAACACAAAACGGAAUCUAGAGCAGGGGAGUUUAACUUGUCACCAAUGUAGAAAGACUAAAAGCAAUGUGGUCAACUGUUCAAAUUGCAAAAGGAGACGCUACUGCAAUGAAUGUUUGACAAAGUGGUACCCCGAGAGAACAAUAUUGGAUGCCAAGAAUGCUUGUCCAUCUUGUUGUAGGAAUUGCAACUGCAAACCUUGUCUUCAGGCAGAUAUGAUCCAUACGGAUACUCGUUACGAAGUAGAUGAAAAUAUUAGAUUGCAAAGGUUACUGUAUUUGCUUCAGAAAACACUGCCUCUUCUCAGGCAUAUUCAAGAGGAACAGAGCUGUGAGCUUGAUGUGGAAUCCCGCAUACAGGGAGUUAAAUUUGAAGAAGCAGAUGUAGAAGAAGCGACGAUUGAUGAUGAUGACCGAGUAUACUGUGACAAUUGCAAUACGUCUAUAGUCAACUUCCUUAGAAGCUGCCCAAACCCCGAUUGUUCAUAUGAUCUCUGCCUCAGUUGCUGCCGUGAACUCAGAGAAGGCAUCCAACCUGGUGGCAGUGAAGCAGAUUCCUCUUUCCACCAAUUCUUGGAGAGAUCUCAUGGAAAUGUUACAGAUGUGAAUAAAAAAGAUUCAACAAACACUUGGGAGAGUCGAGUGCCUCUUCCUGUAGAUGAUUGUUUACAUGUCAUUCCUGGCGACUUUCCAAACUGGACAGCAGAGAUUACUGGUGCCAUACCUUGUCCUCCCCCUGCGCGUGGAGGUUGUGGUACUAGGAUUCUAUUGCUGAGACGGAUCUUUGAUGCUGACUGGGUGCUUGAGAUAAUACGUAAAGCGGAGGCUCUUGUAAGCAACCAUCGGUUGACAGAUGUUGACGUUUCAAAGCAUUGUCAUAACUGCCUCCCUAACAGUCUUGCACAAGAGAGUGGCGAUGUUCAUUCUAAUGUACGAAAAGCUGCUAACAGGAAAAAUAGUAAUGACAACCUUCUAUACUGUCCAGUUGCUGAUAAAUCAAGUGAACAAGAAUUUGAGCAUUUUCAAAUGCAUUGGAGGAAAGGUGAACCAGUUAUAGUUAGAGAUGUCCUAGCAAAAACUUCGGGUCUUAGUUGGGAGCCAAUGGUUAUGUGGAGGGCUUUCAGGAGUACUAAGAAGGAAGCAUUUAGUGUUCAGGCAAUUGAUUGCUUUGAUUGGUGCAAGGUAGAAAUUAAUAUUCACCAGUUCUUCAGAGGCUACAUAGAGGGUCGUAGGCAUCGAAGUGGGUGGCCAGAGAUGUUGAAGCUAAAGGACUGGCCACCAACAAAUUCAUUUGAAGAAUGUUUGCCAAGACAUGGUGCUGAAUUUAUUGCUAUGCUUCCCUACCGUGAUUAUACUCAUCCUAAGUCUGGCAUUUUGAAUCUUGCUACAAAACUUCCUCCUGCUGCUCCAAAGCCAGAUUUAGGACCAAAAACUUACAUUGCGUAUGGAUUUCCAGAUGAGCUUGGUAGAGGGGAUUCGGUUACAAAACUACAUUGUGAUGUUUCUGAUGCGGUAAACAUACUGACACACACGAGAAAAUCGGAGAUUGGUACAUGGAAACUCAAAACCAUCAAGGCAUUGCAAGAAAAAUAUAAUGAUGAAGAUCUAAAUGACUUAAGUGAUAUAACACAUAAACAUGGAGCUACCAUUUCACAUACGACAUGCUUUGAUGCUGAAAAGAACUCAUGUUCUCAAGGUGAUGUGAUUUCAGGAGCAAAGCCUGGGGAAAUUGGUUCUAGUAGAAACGGUGCAAGUGUCAUUAACAAUGCAUCACUAGUAGAUGAACAUGCUGUAGGCCAGCAUUCUUCUGGUAAGAAUGCUGUGAACACCUGUUGCCGUUCUUCUACCAUUGAAGAUUCAUGCAAUAACCAGUUCUCCCAACAUUCUGAGGCAACAAGGCCUAGCAAUGAUAGUCAUAUCCUGGAGGGAAAUAUUCCGAGCAAUAGAUCCACAGAUGUAGCAGAGGCAAAUGCAAAUAAUAAUAUAGAUGAUUAUAGUGUGGAGAUUGGUAAUGGAGCUGCUGUUUGGGAUAUCUUCCGUAGGCAGGAUGUUCCCAAGUUGAUUGAGUACUUGCGUAAGCAUAAAAAAGAAUUUCGUGACAUCAAUAAUCUUCCUAUCAAUUCUGUUGUACAUCCCAUUCAUGACCAGACUUUUUAUUUGAAUGAGAGGCACCGGAGACAGUUGAAGGAGGAAUUUGAAAUUGAACCAUGGACAUUCGAGCAGCACUAUGGUGAGGCUGUGUUCAUUCCUGCUGGAUGCCCGCAUCAAGUGAGAAACAAGCAGUCAUGUAUUAAAGUGGCCCUUGACUUUGUCUCUCCUGACAAUGUUGAAGAAUGCAUCCGGUUGACAGAUGAGUUCCGUUUGCUUCCCAAAUUUCAUAGAUCCAAGGAAGAUAAAUUGGAGGUUAAAAAGAUGGCACUACACGCUGCAAAUCUUGCUGUUGAUGAUGCCAAACAACUAAUGGGCAAAUUUGGUAUCGAGGCGGCACCUUGCAAUUCGUCAAACCUAUCGGCACAAGAACAGGAACCGGAGUUACCUGCUGCUUUGGAGGGGUGUAACCAGAUUUAGAAUGGGGAAAACAAGUGUUUUUGUAUACGAAUGUGUUCAUUCUUCCGGAAUAGUUAACCGUGAAACAUUAUUUCAAGUAAGAUUGCAUUUGUAAACAAAUAUUGAAUUUUAUUAGAUUUCAAAUGACAUGAUUUGUCUUGUUCAAAUUUUCAAAUUUAUACUGGUAUUUGAGUGUAUUGGAUUUUAAAUGAUAUUCAAAUCCAAUUUCUAGCA